AAAUGAUGACAUGAAUGUAUUUCAUAUGUCAAGUACUAACACGCACCAAAUCGUCUGUUUGUAGGGUUUAUACCACGAGGAAUACAGCAGUGUAGCUGUCAUGUUUGCUUCCAUUCCGAACUACAUGGAUUUUUACUCCGAGAAUGUAAUGAAUGAGGACGGAUUGAGAUGUUUAAUGGUAUUGAAUGAAAUCAUAUGUGACUUUGACACGCUACUCUAUCAACCCAACAACGCGCGAAUCGAGAAGAUCAAGACGAUUGGAAGCACAUACAUGGCGGCGGUGGGGCUGCAACCUGGCAGAGGAUCAACAGAGACAACAGGAGAAGAAAAUCCAGUACAAAAUGUACUUACUCUAGUGAGGUUCGCUUCCUCCAUGAUGGAAGUCCUACAUUUCAUAAAUAAAGACACUCUACAAGAAUUUAGCUUGAGAGUAGGUAUUGCUGUAGGUCCAGUUAUCGCUGGUGUUGUAGGUGCUGGUAAACCCCAGUACGAUAUAUGGGGAGAUACAGUGAAUGUAGCUAGCCGAAUGGAUAGCACAGGUGUCCACGGACGUAUACAGGUUGGUAAACUUUGUGUAAAACGAGAUGCAAGUCCAAUUUAG